GGGCUUGCAGUCAGCUUGUGACUGGCCAGGUGAAGGGAGCAUCCAGUGACUGAAUUACAAUGCUGUUUGCAGAGAUCUGAAAAAUGGCAGCAAAUGAAAGUGUCAGCAUCUUUAGCUCGGCUUCCUUGGCGGUGGAGUAUGUAGAUUUCCUUUUACCUGACAACCCCUUGCAAGAGCCUUUUAAAAAUGCUUGGAACUAUAUGCUGGAUAAUUACACAAAGUUCCAGAUUGCAACAUGGGGAUCUCUCAUAGUUCAUGAAGUCCUUUAUUUCUUGUUCUGUGUACCUGGAUUUUUAUUUCAAUUUAUUCCUUACAUGAAGAAGUAUAAAAUUCAGAAGCAUAAACCAGAAACAUUGGAAAGCCAGUGGAAGUGCUUUAAAGUACUUCUUUUUAAUCACUUUUGUAUCCAGCUGCCUUUGAUUUGUGGAACCUAUUAUUUUACAGAGUAUUUCGAUAUUCCUUAUGAUUGGGAAAGAAUGCCAAGAUGGUGUAUGCUUUUGGCAAGAUGCUUUGUCUGUGCUGUCAUUGAGGAUACUUGGCACUAUUUCCUACACAGACUCUUGCACCACAAAAGAAUAUACAAGUAUAUUCAUAAAGUUCAUCAUGAGUUUCAGGCUCCAUUUGUAAUGGAAGCUGAAUAUGCACAUCCUUUGGAAAGCCUGAUUCUUGGAACUGGAUUUUUCAUUGGAAUUGUGCUUUUGUGUGAUCACGUGAUUCUUCUCUGGGCCUGGGUGACCAUUCAUUUGUUAGAGACCAUUGAUGUCCAUAGUGGUUAUGAUAUUCCUCUCAACCCUUUGAAUCUCAUCCCCUUCUGUUCCGGCUCUCGGCACCACAAUUUCCACCACAUGAACUUCCUCGGGAACUAUGCAUCAACAUUCACCUGGUGGGACAGAAUUUUUGGAACAGAUUCUCAGUUUCAUGCCUAUUAUGAAAAGAUGAAGAAGUCUGAGAAAAAGACUGAAUAGAUUAUCUCAUGUAAAUCUUCCAGAAGAAAAACAUUUUCCCUAAAUGAAGCUGGUAGCUCACAUUGUGCCUGGGGAGCAGAAAUUUGCACGUGUCACAGCUACUAAGUGAUGGAAAGAACAUUAACAACCUGUAAUUAUCUUCUUACUGGGACCUUUUUCUACUUUACAUACA